AUGAUAAUCCUACAGAAUCAAAUUAUUCAAAACCGACCAACUCCAACACCAUUGAAAACAUUGACAGACCCAAUGAGAGGUUUAACCAAUCAAAAUGAUGUAACUUUAGAAUGGUUCGAUCAAGCAACUUCAAUCAUUAAUUUCGCUAUUUGUAUUAAAUAUACUGCCCAUUAA